AUGUUCUCCCUAAAGCCCAGUUAUGGGUUUAUUUUUUCACUUGAUGGCCACACAGACAAGAUAAAGCACUGUAGAUUCUUUGAUGAGGAUCGCAAGGUAGUGACAGCAUCGCUAGAUGGUACCUUAAAGGUCUGGGAAGCACAGACAGGCACACUUGACUACACGUGUUGUCAUAGCAGCAAGGAUUAUUUGUUGACAUGUGAUGUGUCCGCUGACUGUACAAAACUUGUGUCUGCAUCGGUGGAUUGCUUUGCAAAGGUGUGGGACGCUUCUAAUGGAGAUCUACUUCACUCUCUUGGUCCACAUAACGAUGUCGUUAGGUCUGUGUCAAUCUCGAGGGACAGCAAUUAUUUGUGCACAGGAUGUGAUGAUGGUAGUGUAAGGGUUUGGGAUAUCCAUAGUGGAGUAGCUUUGUCUGAAACACCAAAGCAGAAUGGAUGGAUCACAGACUGUCACUUUUCUGCCGAUGGAAAGACUAUAGUCUCAGUUAGUGAUAAUGUUCAUUGGUGGAGCAGUGAAUGCGUCCUCAAACAAGUUUUCUUCAUCAAAGGUGGUUUUGCAAAAGACAUAUGCUAUUCAGAUGACUUCAAGACUUUUGUCAUGGUGGACGACACGUCAUCUCUGUUCAUUUUAAGAAGAAUUUGAGCAGACUUACCUUUGAAUAAGAACYAUGAAACAAUGMGAAAAAACACGGCAAUCCUUGAAUUUACCCCUCCCCCUAGUAAAGGUUUUUCAAAUUGAYUUUCAAACAGUGCUCUUCAAMUGUACAAAUUCAGAUAGAAUGCAAAAGCACAAACAAGUACUAACCAAAUUGUGACAAUAGAAAAGAAAGACAAUAGAGAAAAAAAGACAAUAUAAAAGAAAGGAUUUCACAACAUUCAGUGUAAUUUUUCUUAGCUUUUAGCAUUUGCAAUCUCACUAUUUAGAAUGGAAGUUAAUGUUCUUGGCUUCCAAUAAAAGAAAAACAGCCAAAAUAUGCCAUACUACUUUCUUGGUCUUCUAACUUCUCAGAUAAGCAAACUUGGUAUAAUGGCUCUAAUAAUAAUAAAGAAUUUUGUCUUAAUUUCCAGUAUUGAAAAUCUAAAAUAAUUAUAAAGUACAUGUAGUUAGGUUUGUAUUCAAGUAUCUUGCAAUAUUAUAAUUGCUAAUUGAAAUAGUUCAGAAUAUUAUAAUAUAUAAGUCUAGUGAGAUACACAUUACAAAACUUAGGAAAACUUCUUGUAAUGCAAAUAAACGCUUUUUUGCUACUGCA